UCGAAUCGAUAGAUCGAGAUUGCGUCGCGUGUCAAGUUUCUCUCUUCUAAAUCUAAAUUUCCAAUCGGAAACUGAAAUCCUGAAAUGAUUUGUAUUGUAUUCUUACUUUGUUGAUUCAUGUUUCACUCUAUUGAAUUAAUGAGUAGAAGACGGACACGCACAAGCGUCGUUGCUUGUCCAAUCAUAUCACUCAUUUUUAUGAGAGUAAAUGUGACUGCAUUUUAAGAAUGACAGAGGAUCCCAAGAACAACGUUAUGAAAAGUGAAUAUUUGCCUGAUGUUAAGGCCUCGACUUCCACUCUGUCAACAUGUGACUCUGGAUUUUCUUCUCCUCCUCCUGUGAACUCCUCUAAAAAAUCCAAACCAUGGGCCACUCCGUCAGCAAGCUUAAUGGUCAUUCCUCAUUCCUCUAUUCAACCUGUUAAUCCAUCAAGCUUGGAAUCUGGACUUACAUUAACAUUACAGAAUGUUGUCUCAACUGUGAGUUUGGGCUGUGAGCUAGAUUUGAAAAAAAUUAAUUUUAGAACAAGAAAUUCAGAAUACAACCCACAACGUUUUUCAGGGGUUGUAAUGAGAAUUUUAGAACCUCGUACAACUGCUUUGAUAUUUCAAUCUGGUAAGGUUGUAUGUACUGGUGCAAGGAAUGAGCAGGCUUCUGGAUUAGCUACCAGAAAAUUUGCCCGUAUUGUACAGAAAUUAGGUUUCCCUGUCAAAUAUCUAGAUUUCAAAGUCCAAAAUAUUGUUGCUACCUGUGAUCUCAGAUUUCCAAUUCGCCUAGAAAACCUUAAUCAAGUGCACAAUCAGUUCAGUUGUUAUGAGCCAGAACUUUUCCCAGGACUCAUCUACCGCAUGGUGAAACCACGUGUAGUGUUGCUGAUAUUUGUGAAUGGGAAAAUAGUCUUCACAGGUGCUAAAAACCGACAAGACCUAGAGGAGGCACUAGAGGCAAUUUAUCCAAUUCUCAAAAGUUUUAGAAAGCAGUAGUUAUUUCUGAAAAUUGAGAAUUUUGUUCAUGCUGCAGACAGUUUUCAUCAGCUGUGUUUUACAGGAUAUUUUGAUUCUAGUUUGAUUUUCUUUCUAAGUGUUUGGAAAUCAUGUGGCCGUUUUGACUAGUCAUCCAUCUUUUUGCUAUAGCACAUGUUUUUGGUAAUCUCCCAUUUCUUGUCUUUCUUAUUUAUUUUCUCAUUCAUUCAUAUAUUAUAUAUGUAUAAUAAUUGUUGUCUCAUUCUCAUAUGAAGCUGAAAAGGCAUAGUCUUUUCUGUUCUUGAUUCUUUAUGCAUCCACAUCUGGUUGUGAUUAUCGUUAUUUAUUAUGUCAUUUACACUUCAUGACUAAAGCUUUGCUUAGCAUCGCUAUAGUCCUUUUUUAUAUCUCACCAAAUAUUGUGGAUUUUGAUUUCUUUUGGAUUGUUUUCUGGCCAAUCAACCUCAUCCAUAUUUUUUUCUAUGCAAAGUUUGUAAAUGACAGUAUUAUCAUCAUCAUCCUCUGCUAACUGCUGUAAUUUUUGUCUACUCAAAGCUAGAACAACUCUACUUCAUUGUGCAACUGCAUGAGAAAAAGUAGCGACAUUCACAUAGCAACAAGUGUAAAAACUAAAAGUGUAAAAUAAUUUUGAUAAAUUGGUGCAUGGUAGGAUGGAAAUCAUUACGUUCUCUUGAGAUAUGUUCUAUGAAAUCUCUGUUGGUAUACAAUUAUUCUUGUACCAAUCAAGUCACUACUUCAACCCAGUGUCUGUUAAAUAGAUCCAAAAGUAUGGACUUGCAUUUUGUACAUUGUAUAGGGUGUUAGAAAUCAGAUGCCAUUGUAUUUCUGGUGCAAACUUUAAGAAUCUUUAAAAAAGGACUACUAAAUGAUUUCUUCCUUCAGUUUAAAGACAACUGUUAACCCAUUCUACUCAAUUUUUUUAACAACAACCGUGGUAGAGGUUGUCACUUUAGCAGAAUACGGAUGUAAAGCACUUUCAUUCGUUCUCUAAAGUUAUAUUGGGGGAUUUUACAUUCCCGUCCGACAUGUUCACCAAAACCGUAUAGGGGCUGUUGCAAUAUUUUGGUAAGACAGGCAAUAAAUACAUCUGAAUUCUCUUA